AUGGCAACAGAAAUAUCGCGGGAUGUUGAUGCACACAUUGUCAAUUUGUUGAGUAAACUUGCGGCGCUGAGGGAUGCCCCCAAGGAGAGACAGGACACUAGAAGGCUGUCCAUGUCCAAUGAGUUCAGGAGCCUUGAGCUUUGGAGGGCCGUUGCUGUCGAGUGCUUGGCGACAUUUAUGUUUUGCCUCGUUUCACUCGGCGCCGGAGUCGGUGUCAUUGUUCAUGGCAGUGGACUGCUGGUCCUCGCUACUUGUCUUGGGACUGGCUGCUCCAUUGCCGCGAUCUGGAUCAUCUUCGGACAUAUCAGUGGUGGGCAUGUCAACCCCGCAGUCUCCAUAGCAUUCGCAUUCGCAAGGAAAAUAUCACCGUUUCGCGCGUCUCUCUACGUAGCAGCUCAAUGCGGUGGUGGAAUUGCUGGUGCAGCUAUGCUUUAUGGGGUGACUGGUGUACAGGCAAUGCCCUCCUCCACCGGCCGUCUCUCGGGCUCUAUCGAAAAAUUAUUGCUGGAGAAGACACUCUCGGUGUUCAUUGUUCUCGCUCAUCUCAAUUGCGAUAGUUCGAAAAACCUCAUGGGGUCCAUUACAUCGAGACCUGCUGCUGUACUCGCUGCUGCCUAUACAGCAGCUACUUUGGUCGCGAGUCCCUACAUGAACCCCGCUCGCGCCCUGGGCCCAGCCUUCGUAAUGAACCGCUGGGACAGCCACUGGGUCUACUGGGUGGGCCCAAUAGCCGGGGGCCUAGUAGCCUCCCUCAUUCACGAGUACGCGCUAACCCCGAAGCGUCCCCGUAAUUCCGUAGACCUAGACGACGGCGACAACUCGUCAAUGCGCUCGGAAGACGACCCCUACGACGACCUCGACAAAGCAACAGGCCCUAAAUUCCCGGGCGGUUACGCCACCUAUCGUCCAGUCACCGGGGCCUCCUCGAUCUACUCGCCACCCCCCAGCGCCAUCGAGCGCGUGGAAUCCAUCUACGGAGGCACAAAAUCCCUCUACUGCAAGUCCCCACCGCUGACGCGUGCCAAUCUAAACAGAUCUCAAAGUGUCUACGCCAAGUCCACAUCAGGGCCUAGAGAGGGCCUAGUCAUACCGAAGCCAGGGCCCCUCGCGCCUGCGCAGAGCCUCUACCACAUGCGCAUUGGUCCCAGCACUCUCCCCCUCCCCUCCAGGGAGCAGGGGGCCUCAUCGGUGUCAUCUAGCCAACCGCCGAGCCACUCUCAGGCCCAAAAUCAUAACAGCACCAAUCAAAAUAUGCAGAAUCAGUUGCAGGCCUGUACCCAGAGUAUUUACGGUAUUCGAGGAAUUUCAACGAGUGUUUCGACUCGAGAGAGCGGCAUCUAUGGGGUUACCUCUUCGAGUAUUUACGGUAGGGCCCCUGUGCCCCCUCCAUCGAGCUCCCAGAACUCUCAGAAUUCGAGUCAGAGUGGACAGAGAGAGCAGAGAGAGCAGAGGGAACAGAGAGAACAAAGAGAACAGCGGGAGCAGCCUCUUGGGGGCCCCAAUCAGGCCCAGGGAAAUGGGCCCGAGGGCGCCACUGGGCCCAGAAGACCCGAGAGCAUGUAUGGACAUAUAUCCAGGAGAAGUGAUGACUCGGCUUAUGGGAGCUAUCAGGGGAGCAAUAGGGGUAAUUAUGGAAAAAUUCCGGGACCACCACCUCCUCCUGGCUGGAGUCAGACCGUACAAAUGGAGCAGAACAGGCCCAGUCCUGUUGCUGGGCCUCUUCAGCAGAAUCAGAAUCAAAAUUAUCAGAGGAAUUCACCUAAUCCACAGUAUUGAGAAUUUUUAUAAUCAAUUAUUAGGGUUUUUUUAGCGGAGGGGAGAAUAAGACGAUUAUAAAAUGUGUUCUAGGGGUCGAGGGGAAGGAAAACUUAGAAUGUUGAGGAAUAUUCAUUGGGUUUUGGAGUCAAGGGGCGACGAAGUAGCUUUACUCUUCCGAUAAAUGUAGAAUUCAUUGAUAACUACAAAAAUUGAUAAAAAAUCGAUUAGAUUCAGAAUCACGAUUUUUUUCUCGAUUUAACGACCGUUUUUUUAUAAAGAAAAAAUGUUGAAGAAUCAAACAUUUCUAUUAUGAUUAAAGACUAAAAUCUGGAUUUUUUCUUCAUAAAAUGUGGAAAAAUCGGUGAAGUUUUUGUCACUUCAUAAAAAAUGAUCGCCCGUUUGAAUGCAAGUCCCAUUAUUUAUUAAUGAAAGCAAAAAAUUGUUUUAAAAACUAUUUUCCAUAAUGAUGAUGCUCAUUAAGCAUGAAUUUUUCCCUAUUUUUCUCACGAAAUUUAGUGAAAAAAAUGAAAAAAUUAAAAUGACUAAAUCUACAAAAUCUUCGACGCAGCCUGUCGAAAGGGUAGAGCUACUUCAAUACAGAUCUGUUCUUUUCAAAAACCUCCAAAUCUAGGGGAGACAGAGGAAUUUGAUGAGGAUCUUGUUGAAGUGAAAGUGAAAACUACAAAAGGGUCUUCAAAAAAUCGACGUCUCUCCUUAAUUCUAGGAUAAUUUCUGAAAAGUACAGGAUCAUAAAAACUGUUCAUUAUUUAGUCAUCUUUUUACAGUGAUCGAUACUGUUCAUGGAAUUAUGUGUAUAGAAAAAUAUUUCGAUUGCUCAUUUAGAAGUAUUUUAUGAAUAAAAGACUGUAUAUAGGGGAUUAAUGAGACAGUGGAUUGGCAAUCCGAAUAUUUCAUGGAAAUCGAGGACAAAACGAACUGCUCCGUAUCCCAAUUAGUUAUAAUUUUUUUUUUGUAUUUUUCAUCUUUAUUUAUUAUGUAUAAUUAAUUCGUAAGAUCACUAGGUCUUAGAUUAUAAUUGUUGCAUGUAUGUGAGUAUAUCAUUGA